UUGGAGGGGGAGCUCGCUCGGCCGCGAACACGCGUGCGCCGGCGCCGCCCGCGGCAGGCAAACCUGGCCGUGACGGCGGCCGCUCGGCUCGGGUGAUUCCGCCACCACCAGGGUGCCGGGUCCAGCUCCUUCGACCCGCCACGGCCGCCUCCCGCGCGGCCGCGCUCCUCCGGAGUCCCGGCCUGACGCCGGCCGCCUAGCUCCGCGACCUCCCGCCCGCGUCAGUGAGCGCCCAUUAACAGCGGCAGCUAAUCCGUCCCUCCGCCCGCUAUCUCGAGCGGCGGUGAGCAAUGGACUUCACUUUCGAGGAUGCAGAGGCACUGUCCUCGCUCGUUUCGAGUCAGGAAGCCCGCGUCGACGAGAAGCGGAGGUGGCUGGAGUCGAUGAUCCUCAAGCCGGAUGGCUGCAGCAGUCGUGUGAAGCGACCGAAAUUUUUGAACGAGGCGUACUUGCCUGAGUCAUAUAUCAGGAGCGAAGAAAUAUCUUGCAAGAAAGUGAGAGAUAGCAUAAAAAAAAGUUUGAGUUCGGAGUGCAAUGGCUAUAACCAUCAUGUAGUUCAGGACGGUCUCCAGCUUUUUCACUUCCAGAAAAAGGAAAAUGAACCACUUGGUCCAGAAUAUCUGGGUAUCAUGCAGUGCACAAUCAGCAAACUAACCUAUGAAACACUUCAAACAGUGGCUUCUAUUGUCAGCCAUAACGAGGUUAGUUUUGAUAAGUCUAGGCUGGCAAUGGAAAAGAUUGUAAAAGUUCACCUUACAAGUUACUUGGCAAACUUGGAUCAAAACGAUAUCACAUGCCAGUUGUUCAAUAUUUUUAGAAAUCCAUGCAGCUAUCGAUCUGGUUCUGUGAAGCUUGUCACACCUGUUUCACCACAACUUUUGUCAGCUAUCCAUCAUGCUUUGGUUGGACUUGAUGAGAUGCCCAUGCAACCUCUUGUUGCAAUGAAUAUGAAGAUUAGAGAAAAAUCAUGUACGCCAAAAUUCGGGUUAGUUGCUCGCCCUUCCAGAAGAGGGCGUAUUAUCGGAGCGGUGAGGAAAAGAUGCAACAAAAUUCUAGCAGAGCUUGAAGAAGGUAAUUACCUACCAAAGAAUUUAGCAAAGGCCUUGUCAGUGGUGAACCUAUAUCAGAAGCAAAAGUUGAGAAGUGUGGAUAUUUCACAAUCAGAGUUCUUCCCCUUUACAAAAGAAACUAUAUCUUUGCAGAACGAUAUCUUAAAUGCUCUUUGGUCACUUCCACAGCUCAAGCACGACAAGCUGAAAUUGUUGCACCCCAUGCUGGAUCAAGAUUCUAAAGUUGAAAGCAAACAUUUAAAAACAGCUUUGAGGAACUACUUGACAGAAUGUUUGUUUGAAUGUGAUGAAGGUAGUUUACCAGAUGAGGCCCUCCGAGCCAUAGCCUUUAUUAAUCGGAUUUCUGGAUGUCAGCAUUUUGUGUCAACUGAAGAGAAGGAGGAGGUUGAGGUAGAUGCUGUCUUGAACUUAAGCAGUCAUCUCCAAGCUUUGGCACAUUGUUGUGUAGAAGAAUGUUCAUGUGGUGAAGAUUUGAUUAACUUAGGGAAUGAUAAUUGCAAUGAGGAUAAUGAUUUCAUACUUUCUGGGACCAGCUACUUCAAUUUAAGCUCUGCGAAGCAGCAGAUGCAAGAACCUUGCUGUUCCAGUAAUAUAGACACUGAUGUUAUGAGAGAGUUUUGUUGGAGCGUAACUGUUGGAGAUACACAUAAUGUCUCUGGAGCUGAGUAUUCUGGUUCCAAAUCAGAAGAGAUACCUAGGAAAUCAUGUCUAAGGACCGAAGAUUCUGGAUGCAUUGGGCAUUAUAGCGGCAAUGAAGCUGUUGGCAGUUUGAUGGAGCCCUAUGCAGACUUAUCUGUCGAUGUUAACCCCUUGAAAAAAUCAAGAUGUUCAGAGAUUAUUGGGAUCUGUGAUGAAACAUCAAUAGUGGCCCAUAACCUUAUCGGACAGAUUAUAGAUAAAUGGCUGCUCGUGGAGAACAAUGAAGUGGAUGAACCCACUAGACUCCAUCUUGGAGGUGGAUCUCAAAACCCCCAAGAUGAUGACAAUGGACCUGCGAAUUCAGCAGAGAACCUAGAAGGUGACAUUUUUAUUCAUGCUGUGGAACGUCUCUUGCCGAACUUGCCGAAAAGUUGCAUAGACGAAGUCAAGAGGCUAAUGAGCUGAGCUAGCAAGCACCGUGAGAACGACUUGCAGUGGCACCUAGGGACCCCAUGGUUUUUCAUUUUCUUUAUUCCCAUUAUCCCAUACAGAAGUGAUCAGACCUAUGAGUUAUGUGGCUCAGGCACUUUAUCUAAUGUGUCGAGCACUUCCAUAGUUCCAUUUGUGGCAUAUUAACCCGUUCGGCUACC